AUGGACGGAGACGAGCUCUGCUUCACGCAGCUCAACGCCUCGUGCAGCCGGACGCGCCCCCGCUCCCGCCUCAGCGCCGUCCUGCUGGCGCUCGUCGCCGUCCUCACCGUGGUGCUCAACCUGCUGGUGGUCGUCUCCAUCUCCCACUUCAGGCAGCUCCACACCACCACCAACCUGCUCGUCUUCUCUCUGGCCGUCACCGACUUCCUGCUUGGGUUCCUGCAGAUGCCGAGCGUCCUCGUCCUCUACCAGAGCUGCUGGCUCCUCGGAAACUUCAUAUGUGAUGUGAAUUUCUUCAUGGGCGGCUUCCUGGUCAGCGUGUCCGUGGGGAACAUGGUUCUGAUCUCCGUGGACCGCUACGUGGCCGUGUGUGAGCCCAUGUUCUACUCCACUAAGGUCACGGUGAAGCGGGUCCAGCUCUGCGUGUGUCUGUGCUGGCUGUGUUCUGUUGUGCACAGCAGCUGGUUACUCAGGGACUUCUUCAAGCAGCAGCACAGGUACGACUUCUGCUCCGGGGCGUGUGCGGCUGAGUUCAAGCUCAGCGAGGUGGCGUUCGACACGGCGGUGACCUUCCUGGGGCCCGUCGCCGUCAUCGUGCUGCUCUACGUCAGGAUAUUUGCGGUGGCCGUGUCUCAGGCCCGAGCCAUGCGCUCACACGUCACCGCCUUCGCCGCGAAGCGAUCGGAGGCCGUGAGGCCCAAGAAGUCGGAGCUGAAGGCGGCCAGGACGCUCGGGGUUGUAAUAGUUGUGUUCAUUUUGUGUUACAGUCCCUUUUGUGUUAUCAUUGUAGGUAUCAUGAACAACUCCACGUGGGCCUUUGAUGCAACCAUUCAGUACUGGCUGGUUUAUUCCAACUCGUGUCUAAACCCUCUGAUCUACGCCUUCGUUUACCCCUGGUUCAGAAAGUCCAUUAAACACAUUGUGACGCUGCAGAUUCUGCAGCCAAACUCCUCAGAGGCCAACGUGCUGUAG